AAUAGCCACAAGUAAGAUGUCGAUCAGCUUAUCCCGGGCAAUUCCCUUCUCAAUAAUAGCAUAUGGUGGUACUUCUCUCUUCAUGUACAAAUAUGGGAAAAUGAAGAUCGCCAAUGAUAAAAUUAUGGAAAUCAAGAACAAAAGAGAGUUUCUGUAUAAGAAACAUCAAGAAAUAGCAGAAGGGUAUGAGAAAAUGAUCGAAAAACGGGAAGGCAUUAACAAGCUCAUCCGGUUCAGAAAGACCCUCAUCUCCUAUGCAACAGGCAAAGUCCUUGAGACUGGCUGAGGAACAGGAAUAAACUCGGAGUUUUACAAAGAAGAUGCUGAAGUCACUGCUGUUGACUGGUCUAAGAAUAUGAUACAGGAAGCCCUUGGUAAAGAAUAUGAUACAAAGAAAAUUAAAUAUAAGAUUGCAGAUGUCGAAAAUUUGCCCUACAAAGAUGAAAGUUUUGACACUGUUGUUGAUACAUUCUCGUUACAAAGCUACUUUGACCGUAAUAAAGCUCUUGGUGAGAUCAAGAGGGUAUUAAAACCAGGUGGGUUAUUCCUGGUCCUUGGAAGAGGAACCUCCUACGUCUCUCUUUACAACGAAUAUCUCCAAUUCAGAGCUGGCCUCGACAUUGAAAGCGAAGGAUCAGUAUUUAACCUUGAUUUUGAAAAACUUUUUGAAGAAGAUGAUGACCUCGAAGUUGAGCAUAUUGAAAGAAAGAAUCUUGGAAUGACAUAUAUCAUGAUGGUCCGCAAAAAAUCAAUAAAUAAACCUGUUGCUGAAACUCAAGAACCCCAAAAGAAGGAGUAAAGUAGCUUCAAUAUCACAA